CUUUCUGUCCAUCUCCCAGAAAACCCUCUACACGUAUUCAACACUCGACAGGUCAGAAGCUUGUUUGUGCUCUUGUGAUUUACGGUAAAAGUACCUCCUUUAUCAGCACUGUUAAGAGUAAGCAACCUGACCAUCUCCUGACUUCAUCAUCUCAUCAUUCACAUCUUCAAACUGUAUUAGCAUUCAAUGUCAGCAGCACUCUUUGUAUGAAUGGGCAAUGCCGCUGGAUCACGCUGGAUCAAUCUAACUCAGACGUCUUCAGCACUAACUUUCUUUGUUUGCCCUCCCAUCGGAUUAUUUUUACCUCAAACAUCUCAAACAAGAAGACUUAAAUGUCCUUUCAAAUUAAGCCUCUAAUUCAUUUGUCUGGAUCUCUGAAGCUGCAAAUCAAUCAUGUGGUCCAUGUUCAUUGUGCCGGAUGAAGAGGCAAGGACAGUGAAUACAUCUCCAGGAGUGCACCAACCUUCCGGUGGGCUGGAAGGGUUUUUGGGAUCACGAGGCGGUGGACGCAAACACCGAAACAGAACGCACUCCAGUUCUGGAGAUGGAAUUAGUGAAAACCAAGAGGGCAAAAUCAAGCUGACGUUGUUCAUGGCUGUAACCAGCAUCAUGCUUACUGUGCUCGGGGUGGGAACAGAGUUCUGGGUGGAGCUUAAACCAUCCAAGAGCUUCUACAACAAUCAGACUUGUCUGGUAGCACAUUAUGGCUUAUGGAAAUGCUGUACCAAGACAUUCUUGGUAUCAGAUAUGGACCCAAAGAAGGAGAUCUGUGGGCCUUUGCACUUUCAAGGAGAAUCCAAUUGCACCUUCUUUAAGUUCUACACCACUGGAGAGAACAUUGUCCUAUUUCAGAAAACGCCAGAAAAGGAUCUGACCGUAGCGUCCGCCAUGUUUGCUAUCAUUAGUCUUUUCCUGAUGGUGAUGGGAACUAUCUGCAUUAUCAUGGCAGUAAGCAAAGGUGUUCAGUUCUUCUUGAAGCCAGCAGCAGUUUGCUUCAUACUGUCAGGUGUCUUAAUCUUCCUCUGCCUCAUCGUUUUCCACCAAUCAGUGCUGUCUUUCUUAGCCAGUGACCAGUCCAUACCUCUACAUCAUGAAAUGUCAUGGUCAGUCACGUGUUUGGGCUGUGCUGGAGCUCUGGUCAUUGUCUCCGGUGUCUUGUUCCUGCUCCUUGCUGUUCCAUUAAGUCCUUGGGAAAAGUGCUUACCUAAGAAAAACAGUGACACCUAGUGGUGAGGAGGACUUCUCAUUCAGAUUUGCACUGAAGCCUCUUUAUAAAGUGGAACAGACAACAACAGUACAUCCUGGUGAAUCUGGGUAUAAAUAUAUAAAACCAGUGGUUGGAAAUGUGAUUAUACUGUGCAUAAGUUGGCCCUGAUGCUGUUGGAAAUGUAACAGGAAGUGGGACAGACAUUUUGGUAGAGUAUAUCAUUAGGAUGGAAGGCCUUAAAUAAUUAUACAGUACAUACAGUACAAGCUCAUAACAUUAAGAUAAAAGCUAAUUGUUUUGGAAGCUCGUGUAAUAUUUCAUUAUUGGUUGAACUAUACCUUUUGUUAUUUUAAUGUUUUUAAAUGAUAUAAGUCAUAUGUCCUAGUUAAACUUGAUUCUGUAUAUUUCAGUUGCGUUAUGUACUGCUUGUUACAUUUAAAGGUUGAGGUUUUGAAUACUGUUAUAUUUAACAUUUUAUGAGGAUUGAGGUAUAAUUUAGGUAAACUUAUAAUAGUUAAUAUCUCUAGGACUAUAAUUUUGGAAACAGAAGUCUAAUACUGAAGCCAUACUGUAGUUAUUCUGUGCUUUAAAUAUAGUUGUGGUAUAAAUGUCAUUAUUGGCAUCACUGGGUUUCCAAACUCUGAUUGUUAUUGUUGUAGGUAAAAGAAAUGAAGCUUAUUCAUGCUUUUAUAUUUAUGUUUAUGCAGACAUUUUUAAGCUUUGACUUGGUCUUGGCACUAAAGUAUUGUACAUCCAAAAAAACAUAUGGAUCUUUUCUCCUUUGUGAUGUGGAAAACAGCCUUCAUGUCUCGUCACUGGGGGAAAUAAGAGAACCAGUUGAAAUCCAUAACAAAUCUGCUUGAGAUACAUGAGUGAAUUUAUUCUGUUCCUGGCCGACACUGACUGCUUAUUAACGUUGUGGAAUUGCAUAUUUGAAAAACAACACGAUCACUCAAUUUAUUUUAUUCGAUUUAUUUUUGGAGAAAACUGCAGCAUUGUAAAUAAAUAAUGAAUAAAGUGAUGAUUAUUCACAGGAAUACAAAUUUAAAUGUGCUGGCUGAUUUGCAAAAGUAUACUGAGAAAUAGAUAGGUGUUGGUUUUAACUGGAAAUAUGUUGUCAAAUGUUCAGAAAGAGGGCAGUUUAGUUUUUGAAAAGGAACUUACCUGAUUCUUCCAGUCUUCUAGUUGUAAUGAAAAUCUGGUUUUGGCUUUCAUCUGUGGUUUUAGUCUGGCAGCUGACAGUGCCAGUGAAAAGCCCAGCUGAAUCAUCUCCGGUUCUGACCAGCCCUCUUCAUCUGGAGGUGGUCGCUUGAUGACAGCAAGAGAUGAAUUGAAAUCAGAAGCACUAAUUAAAAGCCCCAACGUCUGCUUCUGCUGCUCCUGCUGCUUCCCAUUGUGAAAACUGACACUGAUGCUGAUCUAGAAUCAGUUAUUGAAAGUGUUAGAGGAAAGCAGAUCAUAAUAAUGAGAAACUUUCAUUGCUGGCUGCCUCUGGUGAAUGACAGAAAUAGCUUUCCUACUGAGUUGGGCUAGAUUAUGUAAAAAUCCAAGCUAGGAAGGCACUGGUUUAAAAGUCAAACUUUGAGUAUUUUAUUUAUUUAUUCAGUUUUAGUCUUUUUAUUAAACAAAAGUAUGUUUUGAUUAAAGUAUUUUUGCAGGUUUGCAGUGAUCCAGCACCACAAUGAUGUACUCUGGGAUUUUUCAACAGACCAUUUGCCUUUCAGUCUUUUUUUUUCCGUUGGCAAAGGGACGAAUUCUUCCCAUUUAAGCAAUAUUUUCUGUGUUUCUGGUAGUUCUGUUAUUAAUAUCAUCACUUCUGGUUUUGGUUCUGACUAAUUUCAUGAUUUUUAAUACUGACUGACUGAAUGGAAUUUGCACAUUUUGUAUUCAAAUACUUGUGAGUGAAUUUUAAAUAAAUAUUUACAUUUUGUGCAUUAUAUUAUAUUAUAUUAUACUAUAUAGGUGUAGUUUUUUAGUUUUAUAAAUUUUGACUUCAAAGGUCUUACUAUACACAUGCAUUUUAACAAAUGCAUUAAAUCAAAGUGUGAUGUUAGUGCAUAUUUAUAAAUAAAGAUUGAUAAAGGUCUGUGAAUGCAUUGAAUCUUAUUCUAAAUCUUAUUAUCUGACUGAAUAAAAAUUGC